AUGAGCGCCCCGCUGACGAUAAAUGCUGCUUGCCGGGCCUACCCAGCCGGGGUGGUGUCUAAUGUGGUCUACGAAGACUAUUACUUACAUUUCCCAAAGGAGGAGGCGAUGGAACCGGUGCACAGCUCGGAGGGCCUCCCCGCCGAAGAGGAAAAGAACCCCCACAAUCUCCCAGAUUCUCCAAAGUUCUCCAACUCUGGAAUAUUCACUCGGUAUACUCCAGACUCUGCCACCAGUCCCAACAAACAGCCCCCUUCACCACAACUGACUUCCACUCCCCAGAAACAUAAGAUAGGAAGUACAGACAAGAAAGGCAAAACACGCACCGUUUUCUCUCAAGAGCAGCUUCAGAUCCUGCACCACCGAUUCCAGAGCCAGAAGUAUCUCAGUCCACAACAGAUCCGAGAAUUGGGCUCAGUCCUGGGGCUCACCUACAAACAAGUAAAAACAUGGUUUCAGAAUCAACGGAUGAAAUUUAAGCGAACCCAGAAGGAAGCUCUAUGGAUGAAAAAAGGGAUGUGCCAACCUCAGAAUGCCUGCCUGGAUAUAAAUCCCAGUUAUCAUCAAGGUUACACCAUCAAUGAUGCUAGGAACAUCCAUUCAUUGGCUCACCUUCAUGAAAGCUGUGGCAGCACUCAAAGCUAUGCCAACAACCAGAACUACAGCAGUGACCACAGCCAGCUCUAUGCUAGCCCGCAGAGUUACUAUCCAAUUGUGAGUGGUGAGGAUGGGAGCUUCUUUGGGAAAGCUGCUGGGGCCUGUUUUGGCCAGCAGGCAAUCAGCUACAUUGGCCAGCAAAAGAUGAACUUCUAUCAUGGCUUUUCUGCUAGUGUGGAGUAUGCUGCUGUGAAGAUGGAGGACAAUUAUCCCUUUUCAAAUGUAUCUACCACUGCAGCAGCAUUCCCAGGCACCGCAGUCCUCCAGCACUACCAGGCACCUUUGCAAACCCCAGGAGCACAGAGCAACUAUAACACCUAGGUUUCUAGCUUCUCCUAUCCCAUGCUUGCUUUCUUUAUCUUCCCUCUCU